ACCAUUAAUAUUGGACCAAGCCUGACAGUUGGAGGUAGACUGGAGCGCUGCUAGACGAACAACGACCUGGAUGGUCAGCGGUGCCAGUGCUGAGCUCCCGCUGGCAAUCUUGUACAAUGGCCGCUAGCUCGCCUCCCUCCCGCCAGCCCAGCAGCCCUCCAGUCUCCCUCGUGCGGUGCCCCCCAGCACAGAGGCACACUGCCAGACUUGAUCCAACAGUGCGAUAGUCGCUCACUGGUAUUUAUACCCCUACGUGUGUACAUGAGUGCAAACAAAUGGUUUUAACUACAGUUUUUUUAGGCAAUUUUGAAUUACACGCUAUUUGGUUGUUACUUUCAAAUAAAAUAUGAAGAAAAAUAAAUAGAAUUUUAAAUGUUUUUUCUUUUACAAAGAUAUAUCUUGAGCCGCAGUGCAUGCUGGGAAACACCUAACUUUAUGAAGUUGAUUUUUUUGGAGCAGCAAACUUUUCCCCGUAUAAACAUUACGGUAACAAUUUAGAGUCUUUUGAUAUCACAUCACAUUAAAAUGUCUAGAUCCACAAAGCGACGUGAAACAUCCGACCGAAGGAGGGAAAAAUUCAGCUAGCUUGUUAGCUAGCGAACAUGAUUAUUGUGACGAAAUGGAUCUGCAUGUGGCGUCGGAGGACUUCCCCUCACUGCCAGUUACUCCAAGUAAGCCUCCGCUUGCCAAGAAACCUUCCCUGCCCUGGUCCCGGAACUGUCUGACGAUUCUAUUAACAUGCUCGCCAACUUAAUUAACCCAAGAAGAGACACACUUUAAAAUGUACGGACGGCUGUACGGACUUCCGGAGUCUGAGAGGGAAAACGUGCGGGAGAAGGUGAUCAACAUCUGUCAAGGAGUCCUGCCAGCCGAGAAAGGGAAGCUUCCAGAUGCCACCGAUGUUGCUCAUCGGAUGAGGAGGAAACGCCAGGAGGAUGUCAGACCGAGAGGAGUUGUCAUCAGGUUUAUCUCCCGUCGCCUGAAGUAGGAGAUUUGGAGAGCGGUUUCUCCUGUAAAAAGGAUGACGCUUCAAGGAGGACCUCACUACGGAGGACAUGGAGAACCGACAGAAGCUGUGGCCGCCGAUCAAGAAAACACGUGAGGAGGGAAAGAAUAAAAAUGUCAUCCCAGCAGAGUGACCCCUCUUCUCUUGUCUCCUCCAUUUCUACAUGCACAGAUGCCCAAACUGGGCAGGGCUGUUGUUGGGAGGAGUUUGAGACUGAAAUAAGGGGGAGUGAGUCUGACGACACUUGAGCACAUGAGAGGUGUAAUGUGAUCUGAAUUCGGUGACAAAAGCGAUAUUUUUUUUUUUCUGCUGAGCUAUAUAAGAAGGCCGACUCUGUGGAAACAGACAGGAGACGGACAGACACCAUCGCUGCAGGACACUGGCGGACCUCAAUCUGCUUCAGCCGCUCAUAAAAACUGGGACAACAUUUUAUAUUCAGAAGAGGAAUGGGGCUGCAUAGUGUUGAAGAACUGGUGACCGGUAAGAGGUCAGAGGUCAUAGAAGCGGAUGACUUCCAAGGGGGGAUGUACGAGGCAGCUGUCAAUCAAGAGAAGCGGGAUGACCGCAGGUCGCCCGGGGAGCCAGAGGAGGCCAACAGCGGCGGCGAGCAGGAGGAGGUCAGCGUGGCGGCUCUGAACACCGAUAAAAGCGGCAGAUUAAAGCUGGAAACGGUGGACGACCUGUUUAACAUCCUGCAACUGAAGAAGAGGAGGAGAGAGAGGAAGACUCCAGCGCAGAAAAAGCUGCAGCCAGAGCCUGAGAUUGUUCCUGAGACUGUGGAUGAACAGCUGUUUCUAGCAGCUUCCAUGGAGAACAAAGCGGUUGUGGUGGAGAAGUUCCUGUCGGACGGAGGCGAUCCCAACGUAGCCGAUAAUUUCCAGAGAACGGCUCUGCACAAAGCCUCCUUCAAAGGAAACCUGGACGUGAUGACGAAGCUCCUGGAGGCCGGAGCUGCCAUCGAGAAAAGGGACAAGCUGGAGGCCACGGCGGUCCACUGGGCCUGCAGGGGCGGCAGCCUACCCGCUCUACAGCUGCUCCUCGACCGCGGAGGGAAGUUCACGUCCAGAGACAAGCUGAACAGCACCCCCCUCCAUGUGGCCGUGAGGACGGGGCAUUGUGAGUGUGCCGAGCAUCUCAUCCACUGUGGAGCAGAUGUCAACGCCAAAGACAGAGACGGAGACACGCCGAUGCACGAUGCGGUGAGAAUAAACCGGUUCAAGAUGAUCAAACUGUUGAUGAUGUACGGGGCCAGUCUGCACUCAAAAAACUCUGAUGGAAAAACGCCUCUGGAAACUUUGUAUUCCUGGCAGAGCGGAGCGAAGAGCCUCUUAUGCAACUUCAGUGAGGAGAAGUCUCCUCAUCCAAAAUGAAACCAGCGUUUCUUCUGAAUGUAUUGAACAAGAGAAGUUUAAAGGUGAAGGCUUUCAUCACCUUAAACACUUUCAGGGAUUUGAACUCUCAGGCUGAUCAUGUGGUGAUGUACUGGAUCCAGCUCGGCCCGUGUGGGAUCACGACACUUUAGAUACGGAUUAAUAAUGUGAAAUCAAACGAGGAUUUUCUCCGCCUUCUGUUGCUGGACAAUGUCUCGGCAGACAGUAUAUGGGAAUGUUGUUUUUAUAAGAAGCUGAGUUCAAAUCAGCUAUAAUGCAUCGUGAAGAUGAGUUAUUUAUUAAUUAAUGACAGAUUUACGAAGUUUGACUGAAACUUUUAGACAUUUUUUAAUGGCACACAUUUUAAUCGUUUGUUGGAUUGUGAAACGAGAUGGGACAAAGUAAGUUUAGUUUUAAGAUACUCUUCUUCUGUAUUCAAAAUUGACAGGCCAAUAUUGAUCAAACUUUGCUGGGUGAUUUAUUCUUCUUUUAGGAAGUCAUGCUCAGUUCUCCUUUUAAAAGGGAAAAAAAUAACAAAUCAGACACGAAUAAGAGAAAUGUUUGUAUUGAUGAUGGUACAGAGGAAGUUUGACAAGCACUUGUUACAAAUGUUUUAAAAAAUGUUUAUUCAUUUUUAUUUGUAUGUAUUGACGACAACAAAAAGUUGAGGUCAAAGUUUUGAAAUAAAAGCUUUUUUGCAGUGUUUUA